AUGGGAACCAAGGUCAGCCAAACGAGUCAGGAGCUAUGUACCAGUACUGCCUACAACGACCGGCCUGGAACCCGUCCCUAUGGAUCCAGCAGACGGGCCAACAACGGGAACGGGAAGGGAGGCAUGACAUUAGCAGGGAGUGCCGUUGCCGCUGAGGCGUUCCAGUGCGCUGAAAACCAGUGUGAAAGGCCGGAGCAAGAGGCAUCCGAUUGUGUUGGGAUUCUGAAGAACGUCGCUAUCUUCAAAUCCUCUGCAGCGUUUUUCGACAUGCGGAAGUGCGAGUGA